AUGACCAGACCAAGCGGAGGCACUCAAGCCUCAACGCGUCGACAGGACUACUCAUCCGUCAACAACCAGAUAUCGGACGAUGAAUCCCUCCUCGUCUCAGACGAGAGCUUCGAGGAGCUUCGUCAUGGAAAGGAGGCUCGCGCCGACGACUUCUCUAGCGGCGACGAAGACGAGGACAAUGUGAAAUUAUUACCGCUGUCGAAAGACAAGCACUACGACGCUGCACCCUCGAGUCGAACUAGUUUGCCGAUGGAAGAUUCCCCCGAGAACAAUCAGGAUGUGGGGCUACGCAUUGAGCAGGUUCUUGAACGUGAACGGAAGCUCAUGCUCGGGGACUCGUUUGAUACUGAUCUAGAAGAUGGACACUCGAACCUGGUCCUCAGUGACGACGACGAUGAUUAUGGGGUUCCGCUAGUUAAGGGCUCGCGGGGAUCGAAAGACCAGGGGGGCAUGUGGUGGAAGUCAGGGUUGAGAGGCUUGAUCCCUUUGAACAAAUGGUGGCAUUCUAUUCCUUUCGGACUAGUUGCUAUCGGGGUCAUGUGGCUGGCUAUGCAGGGUCUAUACUGGUUGAGGUCUGAGAGACCCAGGAAAGACUAUGAAUCUGUACCCUGGUAUCCCACUCCAAUGGGAGGUACCGGUGCUGCGUGGAAAGAGAGCUACGACAAGGCGCAUGAUAUGGUUGAGCGGAUGACGCUAGUCGAGAAGGUCAACGUCACGACAGGAACGGGUUGGCAGAUGGGUCUUUGCGUUGGAAACACCGGUCCUGCUGUCACUGCUGGCUUCCCAUCACUCUGUCUUCAAGAUGGCCCGUUGGGUUUACGGUAUACCCAAAACAUCACCGCAUUCCCGGCGGGCAUCACGACUGGCGCGACCUGGAAUCGCGAGCUCAUGCUUGAGCGCGGGUUGGCUUUGGGUCAAGAAGCCCGUCAAAAAGGUGUUAACGUCAUUCUGGGCCCUUCAAUGGGCGCACUGGGCAUGAACCCUGCUGGUGGUCGCAAUUGGGAGUCCUUCGGAUCCGAUCCUGUGCUGCAGGCCGUUGCUGCUGCUGAGACCAUCCGUGGUAUUCAGCGCAAUGGUGUGAUGGCAACGGCAAAGCAUUUCGUAAUGAACGAACAAGAGCACUUCCGCCAGCCGUACGAGUGGGGUAUCCCAACGGCACUUUCAUCGAACAUUGACGACCGUACUUUGCAUGAGGUAUUCGUCUGGCCGUUCGCUGAGAGUGUCCGAGCUGACGUCGCGAGUGUGAUGUGCGCAUAUCAGCAAGUUAACAACAGUCAUGCGUGCGAGAACAGCAAACUCUUGAAUGGUAUUCUCAAAGAUGAGCUUGGCUUCCAGGGGUUUGUGCAGUCGGAUUGGCUCGCUCAACGAUCAGGCGUGCAGAGCGCGCUCAGUGGUCUUGACAUGAGUAUGCCUGGUGAUGGUCUCAGAUGGGCAGAUGGUGAUCCGCUCUGGGGUUCUCAUUUGACUCGUGCAGCAUUGAAUACAUCAGUCCCUAUGAAUAGGAUCAACGAUAUGGUCACCCGUAUUGUUGCGGCUUGGUUCCAUUUCCGCCAGGAUCACUGGCACCGGCCUCCGCCGGAGGGUGACGGUGGUCCGAACUUUUCCUCUUGGACCACGGAAAGGAUCGGCAGUCUGCACUCGGGUAGCCCUGACGAUCUCAGCAAGGAGGUUGUUAAUCAUUUUGUCGACGCACAGGGGACGGGAGCUCGGGCGCAUUCACUUGUGGCCCGCAAGGUGGCCGCAGAGGGAACUGUGCUCUUGAAGAACAUCGAUAACACGCUUCCAUUCGAUCGCAAUGUGUCCAUUCCCGGGAGAAGAUACCGCGUUGGUGUCUACGGGGAAGAUGCUGGUCCUGGACAGGGCCCCAACGUCUGCCCCGACCAUGGUUGCAAUCAGGGUACUCUAGCUGAAGGAUGGGGCAGUGGGGCGGUCGACUUCCCAUACCUGAUCUCCCCUUGGGACGCUUUGCAAACCGCAUGGAACCCCGAGACAGUCGAUAUUCGGGGUUACUUGACAAACGCUGUUGCCGUGAAAGACGUUAAGGAACAGGAUCUCUGCGUGGUCUUCGCUAACUCCGACGGAGGUGAAGGUUUCAUUAGAAACGCUGGCGUCAAUGGAGAUCGCAACGAUCUAUUCCUGCAGAGGAAUGGCGUUGCACUGAUUGAGCGUGUAGCCCGUCACUGUGGAAGCGGCCAUGGUAAGACAGUUGUCGUGGUGCACUCCAUUGGCCCCGUGGUCCUCGACUCCUGGAUCGACUUUCCCGGUGUGCACGCUGUUGUCUAUGCCAAUCUUCCCGGUCAAGAAAGCGGGAACGCCUUGGCCGACGUGCUAUUCGGCGAUAUUGAUGCCAGUGGGCGUCUGCCAUAUACAAUUGGUCACUCCCUGGAGGACUACGGCCCGGGCGCACAAGUGCUAUAUGAGACUGGUGAUCCCGUCCCCCAAGUCACCUUCCAACAGGGGCUCUAUAUCGACUACCGGUAUUUUGACCGUCACAACAUCACGCCGCGUUUUGAGUUUGGCUUCGGUCUUUCUUACACGACUUUCGAAUUUUCUUCACUUAAUAUCCACCCAUUACAGACCAAGUCUCGCCUCCCCAGCUCCCGUCCCAAGGACGCAGCCGAUCCUCCCAAGUACGACGAAGCUCCUGGCAAUCCAAGCGACUCAAUGGUCCCUGCGGGCUUCAAACUCCUUGGAAAAUAUAUCUAUCCCUACCUCCUUAACCUGGUCGGGACCGACCCCGGCCCAUACCCGUACCCGGAAGGUUACAAGACAAAGCGAACGCCAUCGGCAGCAGGCGGUGGUCCCGGUGGUAACCCGUCCCUCUACGAAGCCAUGCUGGAACUUUCCCUGCAAGUGACCAAUACCGGCAACCGCGCCGGGAAGGAAGUGGUGCAGAUCUACGUCUCCUUCCCAGACGAUGUCGCUGAACACCGCGGUCUCGGCUGGAACCGAGAGGCAAUCGAUUUCCCAGAACGCGUUCUCCGGAACUUCUCAAGAUUGAGCUCAAUCCUGGUGAGACAAAGACAGUCAACAUGA